CACCACACCAACACCUCCAGCUCUUCCAGUUCCAUCAACCCAUGGUAAUUUAAAAAAAAAUGGAAUACUCCAAUUUCAUGACAUUGUUUUGGGCUGUUGGUGAUAUAUCUAAAGAUUUGCAGCUGCCCACAACACGGACUUCACCACACAGCAGCUGCCCACAACACGGACUUCACCACACAGCAGCUGCCCACAACACGGACUUCACCACACAGCAGCUGCCCACAACACGGACUUCACCACACAGCAGCUGCCCACAACACGGACUUCACCACACAGCAGCUGCCCACAACACGGACUUCACCACACAGCAGCUGCCCACAACACGGACUUCACCACACAGCAGCUGCCCACAACACGGACUUCACCACACAGCAGCUGCCCACAACACGGACUUCACCACACAGCAGCUGCCCACAACACGGAGAAUAUCUUCAACCUACAAGAUUCGAUAA